CUCUAUAUGGUUUUAAAUGCUCCCCCCUGUCGCUACCUUACUCUCCACAGCAAAACACAAACAUCAUGGCCCAAUAUCUAUCUAACCUUCUCCUGCAUCCCCCUCCUACACUUCCCGGCCUUCCAACCCGAUCUUCCUUGUCCCUCGAGGGUGUCUGGUCAUUCGGGGCUAAAGACAAACGAGUUAACUCUGAAAAUUCUCGCUUUGGAUAUUGCAGCGCUAUAUCCAAGCCUCGCAUUCAAGAUGUGUUUCAAAAUGGCCUGCCAGUCUUAAAGUGGCAUGAGAUUGUGGAGGAUGACAUAGAGAGGGAAGCUCUGAAGCAAUUAAAGGUUUCCACAUCAAAUCAUAUAAAGGAACGUGUCGAGUCCAUCAAAUCGAUGUUGGGCUCCAUGGAAGAUGGAGAAAUAACCAUUUCAGCUUAUGACACAGCAUGGGUUGCUCUGGUUGAAGAUAUUCAUGGAAGUGGUCUUCCCCAGUUCCCAUCCAGCCUUGAGUGGAUUGCCGACAAUCAGCUCCCCGAUGGUUCAUGGGGCGAUAGUGAAAUCUUUUUUGGUUAUGAUCGGAUAAUCAACACCCUAGCAUGCGUUAUUGCAUUAAAAUCGUGGAAUAUUCAUCCUGAAAAGUACGAAAAAGGAAUUUCGUUUCUGAAAGAAAAAAUAUGUAAGCUUGAAUAUGAGAACGCUGAGCACAUGCCCAUUGGCUUUGAAGUUGCUUUCCCUUCGCUACUGGAAAUAGCUCGAAGUUUAAACAUUGAAGUACUGGAUGAUUCCCCUGCCUUGCAAGAGAUAUAUGCAAAGAGAAACAUAAAGCUAACAAGGAUACCAAGGGACAUAAUGCACAAAGUGCCCACAACACUACUCCAUAGCUUGGAAGGGAUGCCAGGCCUGGACUGGGAAAAGCUUGCUAAACUUCAGUCCCAAGAUGGGUCAUUCUUAUUCUCUCCAUCAUCCACUGCCUUUGCACUCAUGCAAACCAAAGACGAAAACUGCCUCACAUAUUUAAAUAAUGCGGUCCAGAGGUUUCAUGGUGGAGUCCCCAACGUGUACCCGGUGGACUUGUUCGAACACAUGUGGGCUGCGGAUCGUUUGCACCGCCUAGGAAUCUCUAGAUACUUUCAGCCUGAGAUUAAUGAAUGCGUUAAUUAUGUUUACAGAUAUUGGACUGAUGAGGGGAUUUGCUGGGCGAGAAACUCCAAGGUUUAUGAUGUUGAUGAUACGGCCAUGGGAUUCAGGCUACUAAGAUUGCAUGGACAUAAGGUUUCAGCUGAUGUGUUUCAGAACUUUAGGAAAGGAGACGAGUUCUUCUGCUUUGCCGGGCAGUCGACACAAGCUGUGACCGGAAUGUUUAACCUGUACAGGGCUUCUCAGGUGGUCUUUCCCGGAGAGAAGAUCCUCGAGGAUGCAAAGCAGUUCGCGUUCAACUUCUUAAGAGAAAAACAAGCUGCUAAUGAACUCUUUGACAAAUGGAUCAUAAUGAAGGACUUGCCUAGUGAGGUAGGCUAUGCACUGGAACUCCCCUGGUUUGCAAGCUUACCUCGUGUGGAGACCAGAUUCUACAUAGAGCAGUAUGGCGGCGAAGAUGAUGUUUGGAUUGGCAAGACCCUUUACAGGAUGCCCUAUGUGAACAAUAAAACAUAUCUGGAGCUAGCAAAACUAGACUACAACAAUUGCCAAGCCUCGCAUGGGAUGGAGUGGGAGAGAAUUCAAAAGUGGUACUCAGACUGUAAUCUUGGGGACUUUGGAUUAAGUAGAAGGACCCUUCUCUUUGCUUAUUUUUUGGCAGCAGCCAGUAUUUUCGAACCGGAAAGGUCCAACGAACGACUUGCAUGGGUUAAAACGACAGCCUUGGUCGAGGCAAUCACGUCUUACUUUGAUGAGGAGGAAACGAGGAGAGCCUUUCUGCAUGAAUUCAGAAGCAACUCUGAUCCACGGGACUCCAUAAACAGAAGAAGGUCAAAUACGAACAAGGCAGAGCUGGGACGACUCCUCGGGACCUUGCUUCAAACCCUUAACCAUCUCUCUUUGGAGGCCCUGGUUGCGCACGGUCAAGAUAUCGGCCGCCAUUUACGACAAGCGUGGGAAAAGUGGCUGCUGAAGUGGCAUAGUGAAGGCGAUAGGCACAAAGGAGAGGCAGAGUUGCUGGUGGAUAUGAUAAAUUUCACUGCAGGCCGCUCGGUUCGGAAGGAGAUAUUGUCCCAUCCUCAAUAUCAGCGACUAUACGAACAAAUCAACAGAUUAUACUAUCAACUUUGUUUUUACCAAAAGCACAAGCAGGAAUAUAAUCAUGGCAGUCACUCUUCAUAUCCUGACAGCAUCACAAGCCCCGACAUAGAAUCCAACAUGCAAGAACUUGUGCAGUUGGUACUUCAGAACUCCUCAGAUGAUAUUGAUUCUGAUAUCAAGCAAACAUUUCUUGCAAUAGCAAAAAGUUUUUAUUAUGCAGCCUAUUGUGAUCAAGGGACUAUCAACUUCCACAUUGCCAAAGUACUGUUUGAAAGAGUAGUAUGAAUUGUCUUUGUAAAUGAUGUGAUUUGUGAAUUAAGCACAUUCUUCUCCAUCAAUACAUGGGAUUAAAAAGUAAAAAUAGAAGUGAUUCAAUCUUUGUCCAAGUGCCCAAAAAAAUAGAUCGAUUAUGUUCAAAUUAAUAGCUACUUAUUUGUAAAAGUGAAAUUCAUAAUUACAUUAAUAUAGCACAAGUAGAAGAAGAAUAAGCAGAGAAGGAAAGAGCCAGGCAAAAAACACAAAAGUAACCAGUUGACAGAAAGAAUGGCUGCACCAUCCAAAUCUAUCUACCAUACACCUGUGACAAACGAAAUGAAAAUAUUACCCAAAGUGAAAAUUUUAUCCGAGAAGAUCAGUGCUUUUAAAUUUGAGAAGUAUAAA